GGGUCAGUGAGAGGGAAGGGGAGAGUCGAGCUGUCAAACAUCGCGCUGAAUUAUCGCCGCGGGCGGACAAAAACAGCGAACAUGCCUCCACUGGUGGGAAGGAGAACAUUUUAGAAAGAGAAUUUGAGCAACGUCGUCUUCGGCAAACGUGAGGAGGACGUUUUGGGGGAGGGAACGUUGUAGGUUCGUGGUGGGCGAGCUAGCCAACCUCUUUGCUAGCUUGAGUUUUGUUGACAAACGAGCCGAGCCAGCGAGUUAGCUCCCAACACCCACUUACGUUGGACUUCUAACUUGAUCUUUUUAAAAAAAAAAAUUUGUUUUUUUUACUUUUCCUCGCUACGGAAUUACCAAGCAUGAACUACCCUCGGCAAGUCCAAACAGGUCUCCACCGGAUCACCGCCCUACAUGUGAGAGCCCCUCCGCCCAGGAGGACCCCCACAGCCGUGAGCAGCCACCACUGAGCCCUCCUCGGCAACUGGACAACAAUCCGGUGCGUUUGUCAUGUGGGUACAGCACAGAAGAAGACUCGCGUUACCCCCACUGGUGUCGCCAUCUUUAUCGUCGUCGUCAUCAUCGUCAUGGACCGGAAUAAACGCAACUCGAUCGCCGCGUUCCCAACGCGACCCGAACGCGUCGCCGAGGACAGAGAUGGUGUCGGGGGGCUAGGAGUGUGCGAGAUGGGCACGGGGCCACCAUCGCAGGUGGGCAGGGUGUGCCCUUCGUCCUACAGGGCCCUCAUCAGUGCCUUCUCCUGCCUUACGCGCCUGGACGAUUUCACCUGCGAGUGGAUUGGCUCCGGUUUCUUCUCAGACGUCUACAAAGUGUGCCACCGAGCGUCGGACCAAGUGAUGGCGCUCAAGAUGAACAAGCUGAGCAGCAACAGAGCCAACAUGCUGAGAGAAGUGCAGCUAAUGAACCGCCUCUCGCACCCCAACAUACUCAGGUUCAAGGGAGUGUGUGUGCACGAGGGCCAGCUACACGCCUUGACGGAGUACAUCAACGGCGGCAACCUGGAGCAGCUUCUGGACAGCAACAAGCACCUGAGCUGGUUAGCCAGAGUCAAGCUGGCCAGCGACCUUGCCAGCGGUCUGGCCUACCUGCACGCCAAAGGCAUCUUCCACCGAGACCUCACCUCCAAGAACUGUUUGAUCAAAUGCGACGACAGCGGCUACACGGCGGUGGUGGGAGACUUCGGAUUGGCCGAGAAGAUCCCCGCCAAUCUCACGGAAGGAGCGAAGCUAUCAGUCGUGGGCUCUCCUUUCUGGAUGGCUCCUGAGGUUCUAAGGGAUGAACCUUACAACGAGAAGGCUGACGUCUUCUCCUACGGCAUCAUCCUCUGUGAGAUCAUCGCCAGGAUCCAGGCUGACCCUGACUUUCUCCCACGCACAGAGAACUUCGGCCUGGACUAUCACACCUUCCAGCACAUGGUUGGGGACUGUCCGCCCGAUUUCCUCCAGCUGGCGUUCAACUGCUGCAAUAUGGACCCCACGCUGCGGCCAUCCUUCCCGGACAUGGUGCGACACCUGGACGAGAUGCCGGUGCACCUCAAAUUGGGCGACGCGGCGCACCAGUGCCCCACACUGGCCGGAGAGGGUGACAAAAAGACGGUGGCCCCCAAAGGGGAGAAGAUUCAGGGCUUGAAGCGUCUCAACCCGCUGAUAUUCCCCGAUGACAAAAUCCCGCCCAAAUCGCCGCGCCCCCGCCGCAACAUCUGGCUGAGUCGCAGCCAGUCGGACAUCUUCUCGUGCAAGACGGCGAGGAUGGUGAACGUGCAGGACCCGUACUACGAGCCGCCGGCCUCACGGAGGGCAGCAAAGGCGCACAAGGUCAACCCGUUCAUGGCGCGUGAGGACCUGUGCGGCGGCAACAUCAAGUUCUACGACGUGCCCAGCAAGUCUGUGUUCUCGCUGGUCUUCGACCUGCGCUCGCCGCCGGGCAGCGCCUUCACCAAUCGGCCGCCGGGGCACGCCUCGGGCGCCGCCGCCGCUUCCGCGUCCUUCUACUGGCAGCAGCUGCCGGGAAGACAGUGUCACUCCUUGCCGGUGUCGCCCCAGCUGCCUCGCUCGGAGUUCCUGCACCACCACCACGCCAUCGUCGCAACCGCCUCGGCCGUCAACAACAACAACAACAAUGGCCCCCUGCCCUGCAACACACACCCGCUGGCCUCCACCAUGACGCCGGCCGCCUGCCGGUCCGAGGCAGGCCUGACGGGAAGCGAAGCGAGACACAAGGUUGUGCUGAGUGGCUGGGCCGGGAAAUACACAGUAGUGGAGAUCCCGCCGUACUGCGGGCCGGAGGCCGGAGACGAGACGGUCAGCGGCAGCGGCGAGGACGACGACGUGUUUGGCGAGAGCUGGUCUCCGAACGCCCCCCUCGGCGAGGCCAUGGACUGCUCCAGCAUGUUGGAGGACCAACACAUGCAUGUCAUGCCACCCCGGGACUGAAGGGGGCAACGUGGACUAAAGAAUGUGAAGAAAGCGCAUUAAAAGCUUUUCUAACACAGCCUUGAUGCCAGUCGCAUUCAAAACGCUGUUAAUGCUAAUAUUGUUUAUAUUUAUUAUUAUUACAGGAUGACUUUGAUUGUUUCCCUCGAUUUCCCACCCCCCCCAAAGAUCAUGUUUAUGUUUUGGCGCCCGAACGGAUCUCACCAGUAAAAGUGGACAAUUCACCGACCGCUUUGUCGUCUUCCCAA